GCGCGAGUUAUCCUGCGCAGUUGUGCUGUCCAUUCAGAAACUGUACAAAAUGGCGACUUGAGGAAAGAAAGUCUCGAGUUUGUAGCUGUUCGUGGUGUUUUGGGCGUUAUUCCUGAAAAAUUACGACAGACGUUGCACUACAGAUUAUCAGAACUGAGAAUUAGUCACAAGCACGAUGCCCUGCUGGUACUAUGAGAAGAAGGACUUGUUGUGCUCGCCCUCUGCCACUGCUGGGGUGGACUAUGCUACGGAGUGUAGGUACAGACGGGAGGGAGCCAGGUUUAUCAUCGAUGCAGGGACAGCACUGGGAUUAAAGCCACAAACCUUUGCCACCGGAGUUGUAUAUUUUCACAGAUUCUAUAUGUUUCACACAUUCAAGGAUUUCAACAGAUAUGUCACUGGUGCCUGUUGUCUGUUUCUGGCUGGGAAGGUGGAAGAGACUCCAAAGAAAUGUAGAGACAUCAUCAAAACAGCACGGGCCUUGCUGAAUGAUAAGCAGUUUGCUCCGUUUGGUGAUGAUCCCAAAGUACAGCAGGAGGAGGUGAUGACACUAGAACGGAUCCUCCUGCAGACCAUCAAGUUUGACCUACAGGUGGAGCAUCCCUACAUGUACAUCCUCAAGUAUGCCAAGUCACUCAAAGAAGAUGCCCAGUCUCUGACUCUAGACAAGAAUAAGUUGCACAAGCUGGUACAGAUGGCAUGGACGUUUGUCAAUGACAGCCUGUGCACCACCCUGUGCCUCCAGUGGGAACCACAGAUCAUUGCCAUCGCCAUCAUGCACCUGGCAGGCAGACUGACCAAGUUUGACAUGCUGGGGGCCGUGCAGUCCAACGCUGACAAACCUGUCAAGAACUGGUGGGACAGGUUUGAAGAGGAUGUGUCCUUGGAACUUUUGGAAGACAUCUGUCAUCAGGUGUUGGACCUGUACUCUCAGCCCCAGGGCACAUCCACACCCUCCCCUCCCCCUUCUCCUGCCUCCAGACCUGCCAAGAGACAGAGAAUAGAAUCUCCUGGCCAGAUGGAACCAAAACCCUCCACGCAAGCUGCAGCUAAUGGAGUGCCUAGUGCAGAGAGAGCCGAGUCUGCAGACGACUCUUCCCAGGAAGCAGUCCCCUCCUCCUCCACACAGAGCUAUCACAGCGCUCCCACCUCCUCCACUUCAUCUGUCAAGUCUUCUCCCAUGGAACCCCAGUCUACAGCUAACACAGAACUGGUCUCCAUGGGCAUAUCAGAGAGUUCCAAUCCUCCCAUAGAGCAGAACCCCGCUCCCAGCACCUCCACACAACUUCCUACUCUCCAGGCUUCUGCCAGCAGCACCUCGGUGCACCAACAGGUCCCUUACAAUUUCAAGGCUAGCGGAUUCACGUCACAGAUCCCCUCUACCUCGGGUAUGCCACCUACUGCACCGGGCAGUAAGCCACCUCCAACACAGGCUUACACCCAACCUCCUCCCCCCACACAUCAACCAGCGUUUCCCCCUCCUGGGCACCCCCCUCCCAACUACCCACCCCCAAGCAUCCCUCCGCCCAACUACCCACCCCCAGUCCCACCUCCGGGUCCCCCACCCCACAACACAGCAGCCCCUCCUCCUAACUUUCCCCCACAGGGGGUACCGCCUGACCCCUCUCUGAGUCAGACCACAGGGACCACCACUUAUUUACCACCCAAGGGUACGGGAGACAUGAACUUUGGACAGCAGGGCUCCGCUGGUGGUUACAGUUCCCAGGGUACAGCAGUGGGGUCUGCCAGCUCCAGUUAUGGUGCGGAUGGGUCCAGUAUGGGGGCAGGUGGUUCCACCGGGUACAGUCAACAGGGGCCGGGGUAUGGGACCAGCCAGCCCAACUUUGGGUCAGAUAACUUUGCACAACAACAAGGAGCUCCGGGUAUGUAUGGCCCAAAAGGUGGUGACAACUUUGGGAGCACUCAAGGCGGUCACUAUCAACAAGGCAGUGGCUAUGGUACAUCAGGUGCAGGUGCUUCAGGCUACAGUGCGCAGGGUUCAAGUGGGGGAAACUUUGGCCAGCAGGCUGGUGCCUACGGGGCAGGAGGGAGUGGUGCCAGCUACGGACAACCUGGAGGCAACACCAGCUUCAACCAGAGUGGAGGCUACCCUGGAUCAGGCAACUACCAGGGGGGCCCAGGGAAGGGGGGUGGCUACUCAGGAGGGGGGUAUUCUGAUGGCAACCAGUUCUCCUCAACACCGUACAAACCACCACAUACUCCCACCACCCCGGGCUACCCCACCCCACCCAUGGGCGGCUCCUCCAGUUUCCAGCCCAGAGGACCCCACUAUGACACCCCGCGGGGCCCUCCCCCCACAGGCCAGAACAGCUCUGCCCCGACUGCAGGACUGCCCAGUAUCAGGAUAACAGGCAGGGACGGCAUGUGGAAUAGGAGAGACUCACGGGGAGGCUGGAACAGAUAAUCCAACAUUAUAUCUGACGAAACUGUUUUUUUGUUGUAGUUCAUUCCUGUUACUCCAGUUUAAAUCAGAGCAACUCUUUUCAUCUUCAUUUUUGUCAAGUCUGAAAGUGUCAAAGUCACUCGAUUCUUGUUUGCUUUGUCUGACCUAAGUAUUGAAUGCGUAUUUGACAGAAAUGUAAUUCACCUCCACUCAAGUCAGUGAUUGAACCUAGCAGUUUUGCAAUAUGUCAAGAAACUAGAUAAAUUCUCUUCAGUUAGUAUGUUUUAGAUAGCAUCCAAUAUCUUUCAUCAGUGACAGAACGACCUAUCUGAAACCUGACUUUUCAGAGAAUUUAUCCAGUUGUUAGAAUUUUAUAUUACGUUAUAUUCUACCAGGAUAUCUAACCUUCAUCGAUGAAGUAGUAGUUGUUUCCCCACAGUAAUGUGAAGAAGUGUGACAACUCUUCCAGACUGUUCAGUAGUAUUGACUCUGCAAGCUGUCAUUCCAGGAGAUUUCUGUGCAGUAGUUGGUUGUUGCUAAGGAGUGCAGGAUAUUUUCCCAGAUUUAAUUUAGCUGUCACAGCUGGAGGUCACUGACGUGUGUGUCCACUAUGUGGUCAAGAAUAAAAUGUACAUGUACACUUACA